AAUGAGGCUCCAUAAAAGGGAGCGGCGGGGGCCUGGGGUCCCGGAUUGAGCCCUCCCCGCCCGGGCUCCCGACGCUCCGAGCUCUCGGGGAAGCCCGCACGCUCCCGUCGCAGGCCCGGCCGGCGCGCGGCGGGCGGCGGGGAGGGGGCUGCGCGGGCCCGGGCGGGAGGCGGCGCGGGGAGGCCUGCGCGCCCGUCCUCCGGGUCCGGUCACCGCCAGCGCCUGCGGCCGCACCAUGGCCCUGAAGGCCGAGGGCGCCGCGCUCGACUGCUUCGAGGUGACGCUCAAGUGCGAGGAAGGGGAGGACGAGGAGGAGGCCAUGGUGGUGGCGGUCAUCCCGCGGCCCGAGCCGAUGCUCAGAGUGACCCAACAGGAGAAGACCCCUCUACCGAGACCCAGCCUGCUGGAGGCAGGCAGUGACAGCUGUGAGGAGCCCAAGCAGCAAGUGUCUUGGGAGCAAGAGUUCCUGGUGGGGAACAGCCCUGGGGGCAGCGGGCGGGCGCUGUGCAUGGUGUGCGGUGCCGAGAUCCGGUCCCCCUCGGCUGACACGGCGCGUGAGCACAUCCUGGAACAACAUCCCCACACCCUGGACCUGAGCCCCUCUGAGAAGAGCAACAUCCUGGAGGCCUGGAGUGAAGGAGUGGCACUCUUGCAAGACGUUGGAGCUGAGCAGCUGUCCCCGCCCAGCUCAGACUCAGUCCGGGAUAUGGAUCCAGACCCAGACUCCAACCCAGAUGCUGCUAGAAUGCCAGCGGAGAUCGUCGUUCUCCUUGACUCCGAGGACAACCCAUCCCUCCCUAAAAGGACCCGGCCCAGGGGACUCCGCCCCCUCGACCUUCCUGCUGCCCCUGCCACAGAGCCAGGAAAUAAGAAGCCCCGUGGUCAGAAAUGGAAGGAGCCCCCUGGAGAAGAGCCAGCCAGAAAGAAAAGAGGCAGACGUAUGACCAAAAACCUGGACCCCGACCCAGACCCCCCAUCACCCGACUCGCCCACAGAGGAGACUUUUGCAGCACCAGCCGAGGUCCGACACUUCACUGACGGCAGCUUCCCUGCUGGCUUUGUCCUGCAGCUCUUCUCCCACACCCAGCUCAGGGCCUCAGAUGGAAAGGACUCGCCCAAAGAGGGCAGAGUGGCAGAAGGAGGCCUUGCCCAGCCGGGAAGCCCCUCUCCAGCUUCUAGAGGCCACCCACGGCUCUUGGCUUGUGGCCUGCAUCUGUCUUCAAAGCCAGCAGUGGCCAGUAGAGUCUUUCUGGGGAUGCCGACUGUGGUUCUGACCCUUCUACCUCCCUCUUCCCCACCUCCCCCUCCGGGGCUUCGCGGGACACUGGAUCUCCAGGUUAUCCGCGUGCGAAUGGAGGAACCCCCAGCAGUCAGCCUCCUACAGGACUGGUCCAAGCACCCCCAGGCCACCAAGGGCGCGGGAGCAGGUGACACCCCAGACUGGCCUGCAGUUCUGUCGGAAUCCAACACCUCUGUUGCGGGGGAGCCAGAGGCAGGGAGUGGGGUGUAAAUUCUUGCUUUCCUGGGGAGGGAGGGAGGGAGGAGGCAGCGUUCCCCCUUGGGCUAUAACUCAGAGCUGCCUGGCUUGGCCACUUGAUGGGGAGAGUAAGCCAGGUGCCAGGACAGGGUGGGGGGUGGCAACAUCUGCUGUGACUUUGGGGCACUGGGAAAUGUCUGUCCCUGGCCAGGCCCCGAGGUAGGUGGGUGGCUGAGGCUGUCGUGCAGUGGGGCAUUGGGCCUGUGGAGAUCACCUACCCCGAUCCUUUGCAGACCCUCACCUCUCUGUCCCCGCAACCUCCCCCACCUUCUCCUAGCUGCCCCCAUUCUCCCUCGGCACAGUGCCUUACACAGAGGUGGUCAUAACGGGGUUUGAACUGAGUCCCACUACCUCGGGGGACACCUCUCCUCCCCCACUUGUUCAGGCCCCUAAACCAGGAGGCUUCCAUUACCUCUUCCCGCUCCAUCCCUGCAGAGGCUGAAGCAGCCCCCCGGGGCUCCUUUCACCCCCAUUCUUCUCACCUGUUUUCCUGUUGUAUAUAUCGCCUUUGUUGACAAUAAAUUAUUUUUUUUUAUUAAGAGA